AUGCAGCGCACUUCGUCCGGUGUGGAUUUCUCCAGCCUCUUGAAUCCAGACAACUCUUCGGCCACUCCCCCAUCGCACCACAGCGCCCCCUCGACAUACGUCGACGCCGGUGUUCAGUCUCAUCCCUCCAUGGCCGCUGCUGCCACGGUGCCCGCCAUGGCCUCCCAGAUGCCCACCCAGGAGCAGACUACCCAAACCUCGCAACAGGACGUGCGCCCUGACCUGCCCCGUCCUUACAAGUGUCCUCUGUGCGACAAGGCUUUCCACCGUCUUGAGCACCAGACGCGUCACAUCCGCACUCACACCGGCGAGAAGCCGCACGCCUGCCAGUUCCCGGGCUGCACAAAGCGCUUCAGCCGUUCUGAUGAACUGACCCGUCACUCGCGCAUCCACAACAACCCCAACUCGAGACGCGGCAACAAGCAACACGCCGCCGCCGCUGCUGCAGCCGCCGCCGCUGCCGCCGCCGCCCAGGCCGGCAUCAUGGACCAGGCUCAGCACCAGGUCAUGCAGCAAAUGAACCACAUGAUGCCUCCUCCCCCCAAGAUGAGCAGCUUGUCCCACUCGGCGCCUUCAUCUCAGCUCUCUUCACCAAACGUGUCUCCUCCUCAUUCUUAUGCCAGCGCCUACACAAGUAACCCUGGCUCAUACUUGACGCGCAACGUGAGCGGCGAUCUUAGCCCUGCUGGUCUCAACCACCCCAUGGACAUUAACCUUCUGGCCACCGCCGCCUCGCAGGUCGAGCGUGAGAACUCGCUGCCUUCGCACCACAUGGGUCUUGCCAACAGACACACAUAUGGCACCCACCCUUACAGCCAUCACCCAUACUCAACCGGUCGUCUUCCCUCGCUCUCGGCUUACCACUACAGCUCCAAUCCCACUUCUCAGCCCAUGUCGCGCUCGCAUUCGCACGAGGAUGACGACCCUUACUCUCACCGCAUGACCAAGAAGUCGCGCCCUGGAUCUCCCCAAUCAACCGCACCACCAUCUCCUUCGUUCUCGCACGAGUCAACUUCACCGACUCCUGACCACACUCCUUUGGCUACUCCCUCUCAUUCUCCUCGGCUCCGUCCGCAGUACUUCCACAAUGGUGUGCAACUCCCUACACUCCACCACCUUUCCCUCCAGCACCAACCGCCUCCGGCCCUUGCCCCUGUUGAGCCGUCCGCUGACGGUCAACAGCCGUACAUUCCGACGCACCACAGCGGCCUUCGCAUCAGUGAGAUCAUGGAACGCGAAGAUGGAGCCCAACGAAAGUUGCCCAUUCCCAUGCACCCUUCCGCCGUCAAAGUCAACGAUCUCCUCAACAACCCUAAUGGCUUCAGCAGCGGCCAGUCUAGCACCACUGGUAGCAUAGCUGGCGACAAUUCAAAUUAA